AUGGCAGAGCGCGAAGAUUAUAAAGAAGAAGGCGCCUAUUUAAGAGGCAGCAAUUCCGUCAUCCUUCCUGCCGAAGAAUCGUCAAAGAAAACAGGACCUUUGGCACACAGUGAGAUAAUUAAUCUUGCAAAAGAAGCAACGGUGAUCGUGUCAAUCUCGGCCGAAAAAACAGGGUCUAGAUUAAUCAAGAGCGGCAAUGCAAGCAUUCGAAAAUUCAAAUCAGAUACAGGAAGGGGAUUCAAGACAGCGUCGAACGUUCCCCCUCUGGACUUUGGUGCUGCUGGGUUGGUCGGUCGGGAUGACGAAAUAGAUGCUUUGAAAUCCUCCCAUGAUCGCCUUCGAAAAGGAGGAAAGAAGGAACUGAUUCUGGUUGGAGGCCAGUCCGGGGUCGGAAAGUCAAGCGUCAUCAGAAGCAUAAAAAAUGAUGUCUUAGUAGAAGGAUUAUUCGUGGAAGGCAAGUUCGAUAUGAAUACCAGUAACGAACCUUACUCUGGAGUGGCAGAAGCCUUUGGUAUCAUAUGCCGAACGAUCAAGGAGGCAGGACCCGAGGCAAUUGCGGACUUACAGCAUGAUCUACGGAAAGAGCUGGGGGACAAGCCUGGAAUGUUGGUUCAACUUAUUCCUGAACUCCAUGAAAUCAUGGAAGUCGAGACUGCCGACGAAACAUCCGUUGGAUCGAUCGAUAGAGCGGACGAGACGGAAGGUGGAGUCGACCGCCUAAGAUUUGCAUUUCGAGUGCUGACGCGAGUUUUCAGCUCUCUUUUCUCUCCCCUAGUCUUGUUCCUGGACGACCUUCAGUGGGCGGACGUGUCAUCUCUUCAAGUGUUGGAGUACUUGAUUCUGGACAAGGAAAACGAGAAUCCUCUUAUGGUCAUUGGAAGCUAUCGAUCAGAGGAAGUAGAUGAAAACAGUACUCUCCACAACAAAAUGUUAGGGUUUCGAGAAAAGACCGACAAGUUUCAAUUUCGCAUGACCGAGCUGACGAUCGAAUCGUUCAGCUCCAAUGACAUUGAAAAGGUCGUAACAGCAGUAUUGCCAUCAUUCCGAGCCGACCAUAUAAUUGGGCUUGCUUCUUUAUGUCAUCAGCGAACCCUUGGCAAUCCAUUCUUUACAAUCGAAUUUCUAAGGAUGCUUCAUUUCGAAGGGAUGCUGGCAUUCGACCACAAAACGAAGACUUGGUCUUGGAACCUAUCAGAUAUCGAAAAAAAGACCAUGUCCACUGCGAAUGUCGUCGUCAUGCUGGAGCAACAAAUGAGAAAGCUUCCAAAGCAAAUGCAAGCACUACUGCAAUGCGCCGCCUACCUCGGAUCGUCCUUCAGCGAAGCGACAAUCGAUCUUGUUUGGAGUGUCUAUGGACGCAGGUUGGUGGAGGAAAGAAUCGAACUGACGUCAUCUCUUCUCCCACUUAUCGUAGCUGACAGCAUCUUCGAGAAAGGCGAAAAGCAGCAGUAUCGAUGGACACACGACAAGCUACAAGAAGCAGCACUGUCUCUCUCAGAUAUGCGUCGAAGCACCUUUCAGUUGGACAUUGGAAAAACGUUGUACUAUGGACUCACUCAAGAUCAAGUUGAAGAAGACUUGUUUACGAUCGUUGAUCUCAUCAACAAUGGUAACACCUUAAAGCUCCCAGAAUUUGCAUCCGUUAACCUGAGAGCAGCGGAAAAAGCCCGCGAAAUCGCAGCAUUUCAAGCUUGUAGAGACUACAUAGCUGAAGGAAUUAGUCUCUUGCAAGAAAAGGAUUGGAUUCAAAACAAGUCGACGGCUUUGAGUUUGUAUACUAUUGGGGCUGAAGCAGAACUCGUUCUUGGCAAUGUCGAUACCGCUAAGCGAUACUGGGAGACUGUGCUAUCCCGCUCAGACCUGUCGACACUCGAAAUGCUUCCUCUGCAGAUCGUGAAAGCCAAGGCAUUGGGUGAUGUUGAGCUGAAGUCGAGGGAAGCACUGGAAUAUUGUCUCAGACUACUGAAUAGUCAUGGCUACCGACUGGCAAUGGUUAGAAAGUUGGCGUACCCACAAGCAGUUGCAAGUUUCAUUCGUACCAUGAAGAAGGCCAAGGCAAAACCUAACAGCUUCUACGAAUCCAUGGUAGCUUCUCAUGACAAGAAGCAGAAAUACAUGGGCUACCUACUUUCGAAAGCGGCAUACAAUGCAUACGCCGCUGGUGAUAUUGCAAUGUACCUACUGUCAACUACAAGAUUGGUAGAGUUGACUAUGGAGACUGGUGCGAACGAGUUUUCGGCUACUGCCUUCACAUUUUUGGGCGUCAUGUCCAUCAUCGUGCUUAAGGAUUACGAGGCGAUGGAACGUUUUCAAAAUAUUGCCCUCCGGAUGUUGGGAAAGUUUCGGGGAAUGCAUAAUGCGGAGACGAUCUUCGUUAGCAACCUAAUGGGUCUCUUUUGGGUGAAACCACUAGAAAGCGGUUGGGCGAUGGCUGAGGAGGCCAUCUUAGCAGGAAGAAGGGAAGGCGAUUUGAUGUAUACCGCUUGGUCCAUUUCCCUCUAUGUGUACGCCCUCCCAUACACGACAGGGCGACCACUCCAUUCAAUCUUGGAAGGAUGUCCCAACAAUUUGGCUGAAAGUGAAGAGAUAAAAAAUGAGGCCAAUAUCUUAAGCAUCAAGACCUAUUACCAGAUGGCUCUGAAUUUGAGCGACCCCUCUUGUGAAAAUCCAUGUUUGCUCGUUGGCCAAUUGUAUUCCGAUACAAAGGAAGAUCACACGGAUAAUCUCAUUCAUUUGGCAGAUAAGGUUGUCGCAGAAGGAGAACUCGUGUUCUGGCACGAAGACUACGAAGUCAGUGCUAAGCGCGCGCUAAAGAUUGGCGAGAUCCACGCAAAGCUAGGUCCUGCCAACUUUUUGAACCAGAUAGAGUCAUUUCAUCGAGCGGUCGCCUUGUAUGCUGCCGCAAUCAAAACGAAGAAUGCCAAAUACAAACGCGCGGCAAACAAGAUCAGAAGGAGAAUUGCGAAGUUGGCGCAAUAUGGCAACACAACCAUCCAGUACUACUGUAUGUUUCUAACGGCGGAGCAUCUUUUAUUGAUGAAGAAGUACGAAGAGGCGAAGUUGAAGUAUGAGCAAGCACUGGAAGCAGUGGGAAAGUUGGGCCACCUUCAUCAUCUCGGGUUGUUUAAUGAGCGCUAUUCAUAUAUACUUCGUCGGGAUCUUUCGCUAGGGAGAGAAUCAAGGUAUCGGUUGGAACAAGCAAUUAGAUACUAUAGAGAAUGGGGAGCUGUUCACAAGGCGAAAGCUCUGGCUUUCGAGCUUAAAAUCACAUACUAA